GCCGAGUUUGCCAAGGCCGAGAUCGACCUAACCGAGAAAGGCUUGACCUUCUCCUGUGGUAGUGGGUUGACUGCUUGUGUCCUGGCACUAGCGGCGCACGAGUGUGGGCGUGCAGACGCAGCUGUGUACGAUGGUAGCUGGACGGAAUGGGCUAGUGACCCCGAUACCAAGAAACUGGACUCGAUGAUGACAUAG